AUGGCGACGGACUCUAGCGAAUCAGAUACCGAAGAGAUUUUGCUUCUCUACGCCUUUCAUAGGCGCCAGAAGCGAAAAAGGAGACACGAUUACUGGGUUCACGAUCUUUGGAUGGACCGGGAAAAAUACGGGGAGUACCACCACCUCAUAAAGACCCUCUUCAGCUUUGAAGAUAAAUUCUUCCAAUAUUUCCGUAUGACAACAGCCCAAUUCCAUGAUCUCCACGACCUCAUCAGAGAUGAUAUAAGAAAAUUAACAACAUCCUUCCGCAAGCCCAUUGGUACAGAAGAACAACUAUCUAUUUGUCUAAGGUUCUUGGCAACAGGCGACUCGUACACCACAAUCUCAUUCAGCUUCAGAGUUGGAAUCAAGACGGUUUCGCGAAUCGUGAAUGAGACGUGUGAAGCAAUUUGGAAUCGUCUGCAGCCUAUUUUCAUGCCGCAACCCACACUUCAGCAAUGGGAGGAUAUUGCAGCAGGUUUCUGGUCCAAAUGGCAAUUUCCCAACUGCAUUGGCGCCAUUGACGGGAAACACGUCCUAAUAUUCGCACCAAAGAAUUCAGGAACGAAGUUCUUCAAGUACAAGAAGACAUUUUCCGUCGAUUUACUGGCUCUGGUGGACCACCGAUAUUGCUUCGUCGCGGUCGACAUAGGUUCGUUUGGUUCGAAUAGUGAUGGGGGCAUUUUCAAAAACAGCGCGUUUGGGGAGAAACUGGCACACGGAGAACUGGACAUUCCAGAGGACAAGGUUCUCCCAGGUGGUGAAGAACUGGGCAUCCCUCCUGUUCCACACGUGAUAGUGGGUGAUGAAGCCUUUCCUGCCCAAGAGCAUCUCGUUCGCCCGUUUCCAGGAAAGAACCUAUCGUAG